AUGUCUGCCCGGCCCCGCCGCGGUCCCCGGGUCAGCCGGGCACCGCCGCUCGCGCCCCUCUGCUGCUUCUCGGCCGCUCUGGGGAUGCUGUGGUCCCCCGCCUCGCAGGCGUUCAACUUGGACGUGGACAAGCUCACGGUGUACAGCGGACCCGAAGGCAGUUACUUCGGCUACGCGGUGGACUUCCACAUACCUGCCGCUCGCACGGCGAGUGUCUUGGUGGGGGCGCCCAAAGCCAACACCAGCCAGCCAGACAUCGUGGAAGGGGGAGCAGUCUACUACUGUCCUUGGCCCGCCGAGGGGUCUGCGCAGUGCAGGCAGAUACCAUUUGACAACACCAACAACAGAAAGAUAAGAGUUAAUGGAACCAAGGAACCUAUAGAGUUUAAAUCGAAUCAGUGGUUUGGAGCAACAGUGAGAGCUCACAAAGGAAAAGUGGUGGCUUGUGCUCCAUUAUAUCACUGGAGGACUCUUAAACCAGCACCAGAAAAGGACCCAGUUGGCACUUGCUAUGUAGCAAUUCAGAAUUUCAGUGCAUAUGCUGAGUACUCUCCUUGUCGGAACAGCAAUGCUGAUCCUGAAGGCCAGGGUUACUGCCAAGCAGGAUUUAGUCUGGAUUUUUAUAAGAAUGGAGACCUUAUAGUUGGAGGCCCUGGAAGUUUUUACUGGCAAGGUCAGGUGAUCACAGCCAGUAUUGCAGAUAUCAUUGCAAACUACUCAUUCAAGGAUAUCCUAAGGAAAUUGGCUGGAGAAAAGCAGACAGAAGUGGCUCCAGCUUCCUACGAUGACAGUUACCUUGGAUAUUCAGUUGCUGCUGGGGAAUUUACUGGGGACUCUCAGCAAGAAUUGGUUGCUGGAGUUCCAAGAGGCGCACAGAAUUUUGGAUAUGUUUCAAUCAUUAACUCUACAGAUAUGACCUUUAUUCAGAAUUUCACUGGUGAACAGAUGGCAUCUUAUUUUGGAUAUACAGUUGCAGUAUCAGAUGUUAACAAUGACGGGAUGGAUGACAUACUGAUUGGGGCACCUCUCUUUAUGGAACGUGAAUUUGAGAGCAGCCCCAGAGAGGUAGGGCAAGUUUAUCUGUAUCUGCAAGAGAGCGCCCUCGUCUUCAGAGACCCGCAGGUGCUUGCAGGCACCGAGGUUUUCGGGAGAUUCGGCAGUGCUGUGGCACAUUUAGGAGACCUGAACCAAGAUGGAUACAAUGACGUUGCCAUUGGUGCACCCUUUGCAGGCAAGGAUCAAAGAGGCAAAGUGCUCAUUUACAACGGGAACAAGAAUGGCUUAAACACCAAGCCUUCCCAGAUUCUGCAAGGAGUAUGGGCCUCCCAGGCUGUCCCUUCUGGAUUCGGCUUUACUUUAAGAGGAGAUUCAGACAUAGACAAGAAUGAUUACCCAGAUUUAAUUGUGGGUGCAUUUGGAACAGGAAAAGUAGCAGUUUACAGAGCGAGGCCAGUUGUGACAGUGGGGGCCCAACUUAUCCUGCAGCCGGUGAUCAUCAAUCUGGAAAACAAAACCUGCCUGAUUCCAGAAUCAAUGGCACCUGUAGCCUGCUUUUCUUUAAAAGUGUGUGCAUCUGUGGCAGGCCAGAACAUUGCAAACACAAUAGGCCUGACCGCUGAGGUGCAGUUAGACACCCUGAAACAAAAAGGAGCCAUUAAACGUACGCUCUUCCUUGAUAACCAUCAGUCACAUCUCGUCUUCCCUCUCGUGAUAAAAGGGCAGAAAUCCCUCCAGUGCCAGGAUUUUGUCAUUUACCUUCGAGAUGAGACUGAAUUCCGAGACAAAUUAUCUCCAAUCAACAUUAGUUUGAAUUACAGUUUGGAUGAAUCCACUUUUCAAGAAGAUUUAGAGGUGAAACCAAUAUUGAACUAUUACAGGGAUAACGUUGUUACCAAACAGGCUCACAUCCUGGUCGACUGUGGAGAAGAUAACAUGUGCAUUCCUGACUUGAAACUGUCAGCUAGACCAGAUAAGCAUCAGGUCAUCAUUGGAGAUGAAAACCACCUUAUGCUCAUAAUCAGUGCGAGAAAUGAAGGGGAAGGUGCCUACGAAGCUGAGCUCUUUGUGAGCAUUCCGGAAGCGGCCGAUUAUGUUGGGAUUGAACGCAGCAAUAAGGCAUUGCGCCCACUGAGUUGUGAGUACAAGAUGGACAAUGUCACCCGAAUGGUGGUGUGUGACCUUGGGAACCCUAUGGUGGCUGGAACAAAUUCUUCUCUGGGCCUCCGAUUUACAGUUCCACGUCUCCAGAAAACAAACAUGAGCAUUAACUUCGAUCUUCAAAUCAGAAGUUCCAACAAGGACAACCCAGACAGCAAUUUUGUGAGCCUGCAAAUCAACAUCACUGCUGUAGCUCAAGUAGAAAUAAGAGGAGUGUCCCACCCUCCGCAGAUUGUCCUGCCCAUUCAGAACUGGGAACCAGAAGAGGAGCCUCACAAGGAGGAGGGAGUUGGACCACUGGUGGAACAUAUUUAUGAGCUACACAAUAUUGGACCAAGCACCAUCAGCGACACCCUACUGGAGGUGGGCUGGCCCUUCUCUGCCCGGGAUGAAUUUCUCCUCUACAUUUUUCAUAUUCAAACUCUGGGACCUCUGCGAUGUCAAACAAAUCCUGGUAUCAACCCACAAGAUAUAAAGCCGGCUGCCCCCCGGGAGGACACCCCUGAGCUGAGUGCAUUUUUGCGAAACUCCACCAUCCCUCAUCUGGUCAGGAGGAGAGACGUGCCUCAAUUGGAGCCUCACAGACAGAGCCCCGCAAAGAUCCUGAAUUGUACAAACAUUGAGUGCCUACAAAUCUCCUGUGCAGUGGGACAACUAGGAGGAGGAGAAAGCGCCGUCCUGAAAGUCAGGUCACGGCUAUGGGCCAAGACAUUUCUCCAGAGGAAAAAUGAUCCCUAUUCUCUUGCAUCCCUGGUGUCCUUUGAAGUUAAGAAGAUGCCUUAUAAAGAUCAGCCAGCAAAACUCCCAGAAGGCAACAUAGCAAUUAAAACAUCGGUUAUUUGGGCCACCCCAAAUGUUUCCUUCUCAAUUCCAUUAUGGGUAAUAAUACUAGCAAUACUUCUUGGAUUAUUGGUUCUGGCCAUUUUAACCUUGGCUUUAUGGAAGUGCGGAUUCUUUGACCGAGCAAGACCACCCCAGGAUGAUAUGAAUGACCGGGAACAGCUGACCAAUGAGAAAACCCCUGAGGCAUGA